AUGGCAACAGAUGGGACCGGUGCCAAAAGGACCGGCUCAGCCCCACCGUUAAGACUCGGGCCUUCCUCGACAUCGGCCGCCGCACCGGCUGCCAUGCUAGCUGCCGGAAAACGAUCGCGAUUCCGGCCACUUCCGGUUACUUUUUGGGGUAGGUCCAAGAACAAAAGUGGUUCCAAAUAUGGUGUUACACUUAGGGUCGGAGUCUUGAGCCAUGAAUUUGAGAUUCUCUGGUGA